AGGAGACCGAGCCAUCCUCGGCUUGCGUGUCAGACCAAUUCGAUGCCAUGGAUGAGUGCGCCGCCUGUGCGGACGGCAUUCUGGACUCCUUGCGCCAGCUCCUGAACGCUUUGGCCUGCCUCGUGCCGGGCCCGGUGGGCCAAAACGUGGCCACCGACGCCACCGACGCCCGGUCUCUGCCAGCCCUCAGCAAGGCCUUGAAGAGGCUGUGGUUCGAGACGAACCUGGAGGCGGAAGACUGGUGUGAGGAGCGGCAGGCGAUCUGGCUAAGCCAGCUGCUGCUGAUCCUCGCGGGGUCCCGGGAGGCCAUCUUGUCCUUCUACGCCGCUGGCCUGCUGCUGUGCAAUUCUCUGCAAUGCUUCGCGCGGGUGCUCUACCCCCACGUGGGCAUGGAGCUGGAUGAGCCUUGGCUGCAGAACCUCCUGGCCGUGCAGACUGCCGUGGAGCGCGACUUCCAGCAAGAGCUUCAGUACUUGCCAGCGGACCACCUGGGCGGCAGCAAGCGGGAUGCCAUCGUGUCCACCAACCGUUUGCCUGCGCUCUUUCGGCGCAUGUUCGACCUCGAGGGGCACAAGCUCACACCCGCGCAGAAGGGCGGCCUGGCGGUGGCGCUGGUGCUGCCGGGCACGGGGCUGCUGACCGCCGGGGGCCUCGGGGCCGCGCUGCUGCUGCGCAAGGCGCGGCAGGCGCGGUCGGAGGACGACCCCUUGGAGAGGCUCUUCUCGCGCUGCCUGGAAGAGGCGAGGGGCAUUCUGGUCCGGAAGAACAGCCCGGUGGAGGUGACGUACCUCCCGGGCUCUUCUGGCGGACCAUCCAAAGUGAAGGUCUGCGUGCAAGCGAGGGAGUCGAUGGUGCCCUCUGUGCCCUUGGGCAGCCUUGGCAACCAUGGCGUGAAUGUGGCGGUGCUGCAGCUGGGGCAGAGCUGCAAGCUGCGGCCCAGGGGCUCGGAGGUCCUAGUCCUGCGCGCCUUCCGCCCCUCGCUGAUCAACGAGCCGCUGAUGGAGGCGGUUGAGCUGCGGAGGGGCGCCAAGGUGCUGCUAGUACCACACGAGAACCAGCUCAAGUGCUACGUGAGGAAGGAAGCCGCCAGCCGAAAUCUCGAGGCGACGCAGCCUGCAGAAUCCAACGGCACGGGCGCGAGCGACGUCCAAGGUUGUUGUUGAUUGGAAAGCCAUGGGUCGGACAGCUUGUUUUCGCGCGGAUUUUCCACUGUGCCAACAGCACGCGGCUGAAUGCAGGAACCAGCUGAACCCCCAAAACACCGU